AAAUGAUGUAGUAACCCUGUAGUACUAUGAUAAAUGUUGUCGUAACCCUGUAGUACUGUCAUAAAUGUUGUAGUAACCCUGUAGUACUGUGAUAAAUGUUGUAGUAACCCUGUAGUACUAUGAUAAAUGAUGUAGUAACCCUGUAGUACUAUGAUAAAUGUUGUCGUAACCCUGAGUAUCAGCUCAUACCGGCUGGAUAACGGCUGUAUAGAAGUACAAGUGGCUGAAAUCGAACCAGAUGUAUUUACCGACUCGGGUAAAUCCAGAGUUUCCGCCUUGUCCCGCUCUGACCUGCAGACCUGCAGAAUUCCAGAAAUCCAGGCAUCGUUCAUCGUUCAUCGUUCCUCGUUCAGUCCAGCUGGAAAUGGAUGACCUGCCAGGACCUACAUGGCGGCUCUGUCGACCUACGGCGACCCGUGUCCAGCCGUAGAAGCGAAAUGACCGCUGAAGUACACGUCUGUGAGAUGAAGAAAGUCCUCUUUGGGGUUGAACGCGUAUUUCAGGACUUCCCACAGCAGCAUGGCUAUAAAGUGGAGGAGGUUCUUGUGGACCAGGAGCUCUUAAAACAGGAGAACUCCAGCUCGGAUCUGGAGGAACCAGAUCUUCCACAGAUUAAAGAGGAACAGGAGGAACCCUGCAACAGUGAGGAUGAGGAGCAGCUGGCUCUGAAGCAGGAGACGGACACUUUCAUCAUAACGCCCAUUUAUAUCCAGAGUGAUAACAGCGAAUCAGAACCAGCCAGUGACCGGCUGGUCUCUCAGAACUCGUCUGAAGCCGAGAGCGGAGAGCAGGAAGGAAGCAGGCAUGACGGGUCCAGAUCGAGCAGAGAAGCCGAUGUGGACCGGUCCCCCGUGUGGGACAGCCAGGGUCCUCCUGCGUCCUUCAGCUGCGAUGUUUGUGGGAAAACCUUUAAGUUUAGGUCCCUGAUGGAACGACAUCAAAUCAUCCACACGGGCGAGAAGCCCUUUUCCUGCAAAAUCUGUGGGAAAAAUUUCACCCAGCGCAGCUCUUUAAACGUGCACGUGAGAAUUCACACGGACGAGAAGCCGUAUUCCUGCAAAAUGUGCGGGAAAGGUUUCACACGGAAAAGCCAUUUAAAUUCCCACAUCAGGACUCACUUGGGCCAGAAGUGGUACUGAAGCAUGCUGGGAAGCAAAUCCUGGAGGAGUUUUCUGACGUAACGACAGUGUGGCAGAUCGCCGUCAUCCCUCACGUCUCCACACGAGCUCGUACUAAAUCCUGUGCUGAGCUCUGGAUCCUGCAGAAAGCUUCUCCAGCACGAACACAAGCAAAUACAAUAAUCCGCCUUCCUUCCACACUCGUCUGGAUCUCUGGACCUGCAGUAAAGCCGAGACGUUCCUGCUUUCUCCUGUUUUAUGUCACAGACUUUUUUCUUUAAUAUCAGACGUGUUUUUCCUUCAUAAGUAUGGAAAGCUGCCGUGUGUGUGAGCAGCUUCGUUCUAAAUCUUUACUAAGACGUGUUAAAAGCAGGAAACCGAGUCUGGAAGCCGUCCGGGUUCUUGUGUUUCACUGAUUUAAAUACAUGUGAUUACUGUGGUGUGACUCAAUAAAUGCCUGAAGAAAAC